AUGACGAUGAUUCUCUUCUCGGCUCGAUCUCUCUUCUCUGCGCUCGUCCUUCUAUGCACCGUUAACUCAGCUGCUGCCACCACUCGUUUGCCCAUCGAGGAAGUGGAGGCGUUGAGAGAAAUAGCAGACGCAUUAGGGAAAAGGAACUGGGAUUUCGAAACAGAUCCAUGCAACAAAACAAGUACAUGGAGUGACAAAAAGUUGCCUGACGACACUACUAAUGACGUCAACUGCAGCUGCACUUCCAUCGGCAGCGCCAACAACACCACCGUUUGCCAUGUCACCAGCAUAGUUCUGAACGAGCAGUCUCUAAACGGCACUCUUCCGCCUCGACUCUUCAGAUUGCCUUUUCUCGAGAACUUUGACGUCACCCGGAACUACCUGAACGGCACGAUUCCUAAAGAAUGGGGCUCUACGAAGUUGCUCAACAUUUCUGUACUUGGAAACCGAUUGACUGGUCCAAUCCCGAAGGAGCUGGGAAACAUAUCCACACUUUUCAAAUUAGUCGUCGAGAUCAAUCAGCUCUCCGGACAUCUGCCUCCAGAGCUGGGGAACUUGUCCCAGCUACAUAUACUGCACCUUUCGUCAAAUAAUUUCACUGGGGAGCUGCCUCCGAGAUUUGCUGAAUUGACGGCAUUGCAGGAGCUGCGACUCAGUGAUAAUAAUUUCACGGGACAGAUACCUGAUUUUAUUCAGAACUGGACAAAUCUCAGCAGACUGGCUAUUCAAGCAAGUGGAUUGCAAGGGCCAAUUCCCUCCGGGAUCACGCUUUUGAAGAAUUUGUUUCACUUGAGCAUAAGUGACCUCGAUGGACCUGAGUCCCAAGUUCCACAACUUAGCAGUACAAUUAUUGAGAGACUGAUUCUGAGGAGUUGCAAUCUCACAGGAGAGCUACCUGGUUAUCUAGCAGGAAUGACACAGCUAAAAAUAUUGGACCUCAGCUUCAACAAACUGAGUGGCGAAAUCCCUGACAACUUUAGCAGCCUGGUAAAAGUAGAAUUUAUCUAUCUGACUGGAAACCAAUUGACUGGAGCAGUCCCUCGUUGGAUCCUGGAUAAAGCAGAUAAUGUUGACCUAUCAUACAACAAGUUCACUGCUGGAAACUUAACAUGUCAAAUACGAUCUGCUGUCAACUUGUUCGCAAGCUCAGCGGUUGACGAUGCAAGUGGACUUGUCUCAUGUUUAAAAGGUCAGCAUUGUCAAAAAAGUAAGUUCCUCUUCAUAAAUUGCGGUGGGAGCAAAGAACAAAUAGGGGACAACACAUACAGCAGUGAUACAAUGGCACCUACAGCAUGGUGCAAGUUCCUUUCAGUGGAAAAUUUCUGGGGCUACAGUAGCACUGGUCACUUCCUUGAUGAUGAGUGUGCCAGAUAAAUACAGUCUGACAAUGGAUCCCUUCUGUCCAUGGAGAAUGCCCAGCUUUACCUGCAGGCACGACGUUCUGCUGUCUCUCUAACUUAUUAUGGUUUUUGUCUGAUCAAUGGGACCUAUGAUGUAAGCCUUUAUUUUGCGGAGAUAUUUUUCACAAGCAACGAAAGUUAUACAAGCCUUGGAAGACGAGCUUUUAAUAUUUAUAUACAGGGGAAAUUGUUGUGGGAAGAUUUCAACAUUGAGAUUGAAGCAGGUGGAGUUGGAAAGCCAGCUGUGAAAACUUUUACCGUUGCAGUGACCAAAGGCACUUUGGAGAUACGCUUCUAUUGGGCUGGGAAAGGAACCAAUGCUAUACCUACCAGAGGAGUCUAUGGUCCUCUUAUAUCUGCUAUCGCCGUCUUUCCUAGCUUUGAAACCCCACCAGAGUCGGCCAGCCCACCGGAGUCGGCCAGCCCACCGGAGUUGGCCAGCCCACCGGAGUCAACCAGCAUACUGGAGUCAACCAGCAUAUCUGCUGGCAUAGUAGUUGGGAUUGUGGCUGCUAUAAUUUUUAUAGUUUUCCUUAUCCUGGUUAUCCUUUGGUGGAGAGGAUGUCUUGGACGUGAAGAUAAAAUGGCACAAGACUUGAAGAGUCUAGGGUUGCAAAUUGGUUCAUUUACCUUGCGACAGAUUAAAGCCGCCACAAACAAUUUUGAUGCUGCCAAUAAGAUUGGAGAAGGUGGUUUUGGAUCUGUAUACAAGGGUCAUCUGUCAAAUGGCACCAGUAUUGCAGUGAAGCAGCUUUCAUCCAAAUCCAAGCAAGGAAAUCGUGAGUUUGUGACUGAGAUUGGGAUGAUUUCUGCUCUUCAGCAUCCUCAUCUUGUGAAACUCUAUGGAUGCUGCAUUGAAGGAAAUCAACUUUUGCUGGUUUACGAGUACAUGGAGAAUAACAGUCUUGCUCGUGCAUUAUUUGGUUCUGAAGAAUUUCAGUUAAAGUUGGAUUGGUGGACAAGACACAAGAUAUGUGUGGGUAUUGCCAAGGGCUUAGCGUAUCUUCAUGAGGAAUCAAGGCUGAAGAUUGUACAUAGAGACAUCAAAGCUACUAAUGUUUUACUGGAUAAGGAUCUCAACCCUAAAAUAUCAGAUUUUGGUUUAGCAAAGCUUGAUGAGGAGGACAACACACAUAUUAGCACCAGGAUUGCUGGAACUUACGGAUAUAUGGCACCGGAGUAUGCAAUGCAUGGUUACCUCACUGACAAAGCCGACAUCUAUAGCUUUGGUGUUGUUGCCUUAGAAGUUGUUAGUGGCCGGUGCAACAUUAGUUACCAAAAAAAGGACGAAUGCUUUCAUCUACUCGAUUGGGCACUCGAGUUGAAGGAGAGAGGAAAUUUGAUAGAUCUAGUUGAUGCGAGGCUGGGUUCUCAUUUUGACAAAGAGCAGGUGUUGGCGAUGAUAAAGGUAGCUCUGCUGUGUACUAAUGCAACUCCAACACUCAGGCCGCUGAUGUCAUCCGUGGUUAGCAUGCUUGAAGGCAAGGUUGCUGUUCCAGUGCUGGACUCUGAGGGCGCCAUCAAGGCUGAGGAGAAAAUUGAGGCCAUGAGGAAGCAUUUUGAAGGUGACAAAGACCAGGCAGUUGGUCAAAAUAUCACUGACAGUAUGUUCACUGAAGGGCCGGGCACUGGAAUCGCUUCUUUACCAUCUGCUAUGGAUCUCUAUCCGAUACCUCUGGAUACUCAUUACUGCCAGAACAUAGAAGAAGAAACGGUUUGCAGCAUUCUGAGUUAAUUAGUUCUUGAAAGAACUGGGCUUUAUUUGGUAAUCCAUUCCAUGGAUUACAUUUGAAACUGAAGGUAUUGAUACUACAAAGAAAACGGGUACUUUUAUGCAGUGCAGUGAUUGUGUAUUGUGAACUAAGUACUUGGAAAGCGAAAUGAUGAUGAUUUGUUGUUUGAUGGUUGUAUUCGUGGCCUUUUUUUUUUUUUUUUUUAAAUAUUGUCAUUGAAACAGAGAGCAUGUUGCAACAUUUCCUCUUCAAACAAUAACGAUGUGGAUGGUUGCCAAUGCAAUGGAGGGAAUCUAUUGUGGAAGC